GUCUUAGAAUGGAUCCUACUGAUCUUAGUCUACGCCUUUAUCGCCAUGCGUAUCUACGUGCGCCAAUUCCGCUUCCGAGAAAACCUAGACAUGGCCGGCUAUCUCCUAAUCGUCUCUGCCCUCAACGCUUUGGCUCUAGUGACUUGGGAUACAAUUGCAUACAAGACGAGUGUAUUAAAUGGCAAAGUGAGAUCUGAGUUUUUAUCUAAAGUA